AUGGUCCUAAACAGACUACAUUGGGUGGCUGGCCCACUACACGAAAACAUUUUUGCCUACACUCGAAACAUUGGAACAAGGGAUUGCCUCUUUGACAUGCUGACAUCCAUAUCUGGAAGGAAGGCCGUAGUCAUCUUCUUAGAUAUGGAAAAGGCGUUCGAGCUGGCAAACGCAAGAGCCAUUCUGACAGCCCUCGCAAAGAAAGGAGUGGCAGGGAACCUGUUGGCAUGGGUAAAAGACUUUCUCACUGGCCGAAAAGCACGGGUGCAGUUCCAGGGUCGCCUCUCCAACUACGCGACCUUUGAAAACGGCACACCCCAAGGAAGCAUCCUCAGUCCACACCUGUUCAACACCCUAAUGGAGGAGCUUGUGUCACUUCCACUCACUACAGGCUCCAAGAUUCUGUGCUACGCCGAUGACAUUGCCAUCAUCACAACGGGGCCACUCCACCUCCGAAAAGCACAGAAUGCCAUCACCGCAGUCGCCAAGAAGUGCAACUCCCUAGGACUAAAAAUAAACUUCGAGAAGACAAAGGCCAUGUACUUCAACGGCGGGAGACCCCAUGCACCCCUUCAAGUACAGCCCCAUGAAAUUGAAUGGACAACCCAACAUCCUUACUUAGGAAUAUGGAUGGAUGAAAACCUAGAAUUCAGACGGCACGUGAGGUCCAUACAAGAAAGAACCAACACCAGGCUCAAAGCUAUGAGAGCCAUCACUGCAACAGAAGGCGGUGCCAACUUUAAAGUGCUUAGGCUACUCUACAUCCAGGCCAUAAGGUCCAUUGUAGACUACGCAGCCCCACUUCUAGCCACCAUAUCACCAUACAAGAUGGAGGACCUCGAGAAACUCCAAAAUGAAGCGCUCCGCAUCAUGUUGGGGGCACCUCGCUGGACGAAGCUUGUCAACAUGAGAGCGGAGGCCGAUCUACCACUACUUGCCCAUCGUAUCCAUGCCAUGAACACCUCACUCCUUGCCAAGACACUUUCCCAAACCAAAUACACAACAGCCGCCAGAAAAGUUCAUCAGAGUCUCGCCCACAAUGAAGAACUCUUUACCAAGAAAACUUGGGCACAGAAAAUGGCUCAGGGCAUUAAGACGCUACAGAUGCAAACACCAUUAACCGCAAGAACAACAGAUGCCCAGCACCCCGACUAUCAACCACCUCCUCCAUGGCAAGAGUCUGAUUAUCACUUCUCUGUUACCAAACUAACUGCCAGCAAAAGAUCUCUCAGCGCCGACGCCCUCGCAGCCCAAGCCCAACAAGCUCUUCACGCAGUGAAUGACAGGAACAUGGAGGUCUAUUUCACAGACGGAUCAGUGGACCCCAACACACACAGAGCAGCAGCAGCCUUCGUGCACCACACAGGAACAGGCAUAUUCCGCCUCCCCGACCACUCCUCCACCCUCCAAACUGAGCUAGCUGCCAUCGGGAAGGCACUAGAAGAUGCACUUCACAAACACAAAGACAUCCUUAUCCACACCGACUCGUUGGGCGCCAUACAGUGCCUCCAGCAAACACACUCAGGAGACAACAUACGCCUCAUCACCACCAUCCAUGCCAACGCACAGGCCAUCCGCCGAAGGAACAGGAACAUCACAAUUAACUGGAUCCCCAGCCACACUAAUAUCACAGGAAACGAUUUAGCAGACACUGCAGCGAAAGAUGGACUCCUACUCCCUACUGUGACGAGCCACGUAGUACCAUCCCGAGCGCAAGUCAGCAGCACCGCCAAGAAAACCUGCAAGCAAUUAUGCACCCAAGCAGUAAGAAGUCAGAUUGCUGAAGGGUCACCAAGUGCAACCUGGUAUGGCACAGCAACUGCAAACACCGCACCACCUGAUGACACACUAACACGACGCACACGUACACGAUUACACAGACUACGACUCGGUUACCACUGCCUAGCCGAGCUCAACGAUACACUACCACUCACAUGCGAACACUGCGACACACCCUCGUACACACCCCUACGACACUACAUUGAAGACUGCCCAAGCACAGCUCCGUUCCUACACAGACACGCACACGACGCACCACACAUACUGCAACAAACAGACACCAACAGACUGAUACAGAUGGUGAAUGCCUUUCGGCCACCCAGGUAA